AAAUGUUGAUGAACUUAAAUAGACUGAAUAUAUUUACACGCAACAAUAAAACCUUUAUUAAAUUUUCUAUACUAUUAUAUUAUUAUUUAUUCAUUUUUCACUCAAUUUUAGCGGAAUGUCCCCGAAAAGUUGAAGGUAAUAAUCAUGUAGGUGGACAACCCCCAGGAUUACGUCCUGCCAGUCAUUUUAUUCAAACAACUUUUGCUUUUCGCGAUUUGGAAGCUCUGGAUCGCGAUUUUUCACAGGCAACAAUUUUUAAAUUAUCAGAAUUAAGGCCUCGUUUAAGACGAGAAGCUUUGCUUACAUUGGAUAAUGAAAAUUUGGACUGUGGAGAUGAUCAAUUUAGUAUUCGUUGUAGUGACUAUCCAUUAAAUAAAGCCUUUCAUUAUCUUAUUGUAGAGGACUCACGAACAGGCGCUGCCGUAUACAGUCUCUCAAGAGAAAGAAAUUGGGAGGCUGUUGGAAGGAAUCGCGCUGAAGCUGAAGGCAGAUUAGAAAUGGCUUUGUUAGAUGCCCUCAGCAGACAUUCAAUCCAUUCUCUGUUAGAAUUUGGGGCAGAAAAUGCUCUUCCAGGGUUUGUACGGGAAGUGGGGGCUGCUGAGAUGGAGCAACAAAUGCGUGAAAAUCUCAAAGAAAAAUUGAAAAAUAAAAAGGAGAAGCAAAGCCGGAUAGAAUUAAGGUCCCCUUUCGAGCUUAGAAUGUUAAAUCUGAAGAUACUCGCUGAACGACAGCCAAUAUUUGAGGAUUCUGCUGAAAGCCUAGCCGUUCAAGGCUCUUCAUUUUUAAAACAUUUUCAUGGCUCUGAAUUGGUGGAGGCAAUAGAAACUCAAACAGAAAAGGAGAAUUCCCCCGGCAUUUUUGUCCUUUUUUGGGGAACGGAAGGAUCGUUGGGGGAACAUGCCCUAAACCUUUGGAAACGUUCUGCAUAUAAAUGGAAAAAUAGGAUCAACAAAAAGUUAAAUAUAAAACGUGAAGCAGUCUUUGGUGUUGUAAAAUGCGAUGAGGAAGGAGUAGAGCUUUGCCACGCUUUUGGUAUCUUGCCAAAGCAGAAACCUCAGUUUCUCGCAUUUAUGGACGGACAACGGGUUGGACAACAAAUGGGGCUUGGGGACGAGGGAUUUUUUAUUAACUGGAUACGUCUAAUCCUUAUGGGGUCGCUUAUUUAUAUAAAGGAUGUCAAAACAAAAAAUAAUUUGAUGGAAUUUGGACCAGUCACUAUGGGAAUUUUCCGAGAUGAGCAACAAGCCGAAUUUAAAUCCUAUAGAAGGGUGGCUGUAUUACUCGCUGGACGAUACCAAUUAGCAUAUAAAUUAGACAAAAGGCAAAGGAAAAAAAAUAAAAAUUAAAAUAAAUAAAAUUUUAACUUUUAGUUUAGACGUUCCACGUCUCAGUACUUUUAGGCGGUCAUUUAA